AUGAGCGGUGGUGUGAGGAAACAGGUGUCCACAGGCGCAGCGCCCCUGACUGGCAGCGCGGUCAGGUCCCCCGGCCGCGGUCCAGGGAUCUGCUUCCACCGCGCCGCGGCGCGCCUGGGCGCCUCGGGGCACGGGCUGCAUCGUGUCCGCGGGUUCCGCAUCGCCCAAGUCAAGGCCAGCGCCCUUGAUGGCUCCGCGUUUGUGGGCACGGGCGCCGCGACAGUCUCGGAUGUCGGCGAGGGUUUGGGCGAUGUGGAGUGGCACCGCGACUUCAAGGACCGCUUCGUGGUGGGGGACGUGAUCGGCGAGGGCCAGCAGGGCCUGGUACGGGAGGCGGUGAGCCGCGAGACGGGCCGCGUGGCGGCGGUGAAGGUGUUGGCGCGGGAUGCCGGGGAGCACAGCCGGGCGGAGGAGAGCAAGGUGCGGUCGGAGGCCAGGUUCCUGCAGCGGUUGCAGAGCUGCCCGGCGGUGGCCAGGAUGUUCGGCGCGUACGAGGACGACGAGCACGUGUACAUCGUCAUGGAGCAGAUCGACGCCGGCAGCAUGGGCGACGCGCUGGAGGAGGCGGGGCGGUUCACGGAGUGGGAGGCCGCGUACCUGAUGCACGCGGUGUUCGGAUUCCUGGCCCACAGCCACGACGAGGGGAUCUUCUACGGCGACGUGAAGCCCGCCAACUUCAUGCUCUGCACGGCACCCUGCCAAGACUGCGAGCGGCAGUGCACCUCUGGCAGGCUUCGAGGGCUGAUUGUGAAGGCAAUCGACUUUGGAACGUGCCAGCAGAGGAUACCGGGCGUGCAUUUCCGAAAGAGGGCGGGCAGUCCCAUGUACAUGGCACCAGAGGUAUUCCUGGGCCGCUAUGACGUGGAAGCCGACCUCUGGUCCGCGGGAGUGAUGCUGUUUCAGCUCCUCAGCGGCAGGCUGCCCUUUGCAGAGUAUGACGAUGCGGGGGAGGUUGUCGAUAUUGGCAUGCACCUGGGCUUUUCAUUCGAGGGCACCGUCUGGGAGGGUGUGUCGUCGGAGGCCAAGGACCUGAUCAGCAAGCUGCUGGUGAGGAUUCCAAGGAAGCGAGUUUCGGCAAAGGCGGCGCUGGACCACAGCUGGUUCAAAAAUACCCUUGAACACGUGGAACGAAGGAAGGCUGGAAUGGAAGAAUCCAGCAUCGUGGCUGCGCCCGGCAUCGUGGCAGCUGAGGCACGGUGCCUUUGA